AAGAUAUUAAAAUACUGGCUCCUGGUGAAGUUAACAUGUGCACAAACAUAAAUACCUACAGCCAUCUUUUCUCCACACAUUCUUAGUCUAAAUCUCUGUCUGUUUUCCACAAACUCAAAAACACAGGAACCAGUGAGAGGGAUCAGUGUUCCCCGAGGAGAGGAUUGUACUCUGAGCUGUGGAAUUAAGUAGCUUUGACACUGUGACACUCUGUCUCUCUCUCUCUCAUAACUAACUGCACAUUUAGCCCAGUUCUUCCAUGGGAGGAGCAGAGAGAUGCUUCUUUAUAAAAGUCAAUAUGCCCUGAGGAUGUCAACUUUAAAGUCUCAGCUGUAUUGAGUGUGAAGACAUUUGGGCUUGUUUCCAUAAUGGAGAUCGAAGGAAGGCCAGGUCUAAAUGUGCAGAAAAAAGGAAUCGUGAAGCAGCCUGACCCUGUUAAACCACCACCAAACAACUCAGAAGAAGAGGAUAUGGACUGUAAAGACAUGAAGAAGGAGGCACUGAACAGGCGCAAUGCCUGGGAGCCCACUGUCUUCUAUUCGCUUGGCAAUGAGACCUUUUCCUUCACCGGGCAGGAGAUCAACAUCCGAGAGUCACUCGACUCUUUUGGAGCGGUCAUCUGGCCAGGCGCUGUAGCGCUCUGUAAGUAUUUGGAAAAGAACCGGGAGCAGGUUGAUCUUCUGGAUAAAGCAGUGCUGGAACUUGGAGCAGGAACAGGACUGGUGUCCAUAGUGGCUAGUUUACUGGGUGCCUGGGUCACAGCCACAGAUCUACCCGAUGUCCUGUCAAACCUGAACUUUAACCUCUCCCGCAACACACGGGGUCGCUGCAGAUACACACCUCAGGUGGCGGCUCUGGUCUGGGGUCAGGAUGUGAAACGGGACUUCCCCAGCUCCAUCUACAAUUAUGACUAUGUGUUCUGUGCAGACGUGGUCUAUCAUCACAACUUUCUAGAGGAUCUAAUGAUCACCAUGCAGUACUUCUGUAAGCCAGGAACCACCCUAUUGUGGGCAAAUAAGGUGCGAUUUCAAUCUGACCUGUGCUUCAUUGAAAACUUUAAAAAAGUUUUUAAUGUCACAUUGCUGGAUGAGAUCCCACAAGAGGAUGUAAGGAUCUACCAGGCCACUGCAAGGACGUCAGCCCAAAUGAGGGAGGAGAAGAGGGAGAACCAACAACAUGAUGUGUAGCAAGACUUGCAAAUUAUAUUAAAUGAGUCGUGCAGCCCUAACACUGAAGGGAAGGUUCUCCACCUGUUGGCCAUCUGCAAAAUUGCAAGGAAUGAUUGGGGGGGGGGG